GGGCUGCAGGCACAGCUUCCUUUCUCUGGGGGCACAGCAAACUGAGCACUGCCCUCUUCUCCCUGGCUGGUUUCUAGAAUAACAAUUGCCACAGCAGUGGAAGUUGCUUUGCUGCCAGAGUUUAAUCUUUGCAGUGUUGCAGAGGUGAGGGCAUUAAAGAGCUGCUCCUUUCCUUCCAGAAAGUUCUGAGUGUGCCAGUCUGGCUUUUAAAGAGUGAUCAUCGAGAGGAUGUGCAUGUGCUCACCUGCUCUGUAGGAGAAAAUGGAAAUAAGACUUUGGAUUCUUGAAGGGUCUCUUCCUAGAGCCUGAUGUUAAUUCAUUCCCCUGUUACUUCCGGUCACUUGAUACCUCCUGGCACAGGAGGGAUGGCUGCUCCUGAGGAAGUGACAAAGACAUACACUCACAGAGAAACCAGAGCAGCAAAACAACCCAAAUGUUUGCCUUCCUCCUUAAUCUCUUCCAGCUGUGGUGUUUCCAAAGGCUGGAUGGGUGCUGCUGCAUCUGGUUACCUACAAAGAUACCCUGUGGUGCUCAGGCUGGGCAGAACAACUGUUCUGCAGUGCUUUAUUUGUACCUGCUUAACACCAUCAAGUUGCCCUUUCUCAGGCUGCAGCAGAGUGGAAUUCUGUAUCUCAUCCCUGCCUGAGCAGCAUUUCCCUGUGAUUCAGCUCUUACACCUCCCUCACAGCUUCAUCCGUGCUCCAGGCCAGGCUCAGCUCGUUUGCUGUCGCACAGGGGGUGUUUGAAGGGUGCAGUGCCUUAGUGCUGAUAGCACACACUGGGCACAGCCAUGGAAACUGCAGCUCCUGACUCACCUGUGCUGCUCAGCCUCUCAGGAUUCAUUUCACUUACUCAGGCCCUCAGUUCUGUUCUCGAGGAGCUGAGAAAUAAUUUAGGUCUUGGCCUCCCUGUGGAGAUGGAUCCAGAGGUGUGAGCCUUGCCCAUGAGACUUUCUGGAUCUCCCACUCCCCUUUGUGACUUAGGUUUUGUAAAUUCUCUUUCUGAUGAAUUCUUUAUUUUUUUUUUUUUUUUGCCUUGUGUGAUCUUGGAACACAAACCCUGUGAGGAACGUUUGAAGGAGCUGGGGCUGUUUAGCCUGGAGAAGAGGAGGCUCAGAGGUGACCUUAUUGCUCUCUGCACCUUCCUGCAGGGAGGUUGCAGACAGGUGGGGUUGGUCUCUCCCACUGGGCAGCACUGACAGAACCAGAGGACACAGUCUCCAGCUAUGUCAGGGAAGCUUUGAAGAGGAUUCCAGUCUUGUGACCCACAGCAGUCCUUCUCCUGAAGAAAAUCUGGUUUUCUGUGCCACCACCCCCACCAAAAACCAUGGAGAAGUUUGUGUCAGAAAGGCCUAUUCCUGUCUCUAAGAAUGAAUUCCCUACUCUUCCCUCCCAGAAGAAGCCAGAUACCAACUCAUGCCCUCAUGCACCUGCCAAGUCUUUUGUCUCUGGUGGGGUGGACACUGAGAACUGCAAGGCUAAUGAGAAGGAGAGGCAGUGGAUCCGCCCUGACACACCCAGCAAAUGCACCUGGAAGCUUGGGAAGCCCCUCUCUGCCUCCCCCCACCAUCAUACCACCCUGCCAGAGCCUCUGAAGAUCCUGCCCAGCAUCCUGAAUAAAGUUGGCAAUACACCUUUGGUGCGGAUCAACAAGAUUGGGAAGCACUUUGGGCUCAAGUGUGAACUCUUGGCCAAGUGUGAGUUCUUCAACGCCGGGGGCAGCGUGAAGGACCGCAUCAGCCUCAGGAUGGUGGAGGAUGCUGAGAGAGCUGGGAUCCUGAAGCCUGGGGACACCAUCAUAGAGCCAACCUCUGGGAACACAGGGAUCGGGCUGGCGCUGGCGGCGGCAGUGAAGGGUUACCGCUGCAUCAUCGUCAUGCCAGAGAAAAUGAGCAUGGAGAAGGUGGAUGUCCUGAGAGCUCUGGGUGCUGAGAUUGUGAGGACCCCAACAACAGCCAGAUUUGAUUCUCCUGAAUCUCAUGUGGGAGUGGCCUGGAGGUUGAAGAAUGAAAUCCCCAAUGCACACAUCCUGGACCAGUACCGCAAUGCCAGCAACCCCCUGACCCACUACGACACCACAGCUGAGGAGAUCCUGCAGCAGUGUGAUGGAAAGGUGGACAUGGUGGUGGCCACGGCUGGCACAGGAGGGACCAUCACUGGCAUCUCCAGGAAGCUGAAGGAGAAGUGUCCAGGGUGCAAAAUUAUAGGUGUGGAUCCUGAAGGCUCCAUCCUUGCUGAACCAGAAGAACUGAACAAGACUGACAAGACAAUGUAUGAAGUGGAAGGAAUUGGAUAUGAUUUUGUCCCCACAGUGUUGGAUAGAUCUGCAGUGGACCAGUGGUACAAGAGCAAUGAUGAGGAGUCCUUUGCCGUGGCACGGAUGAUGAUCCGUGAGGAGGGGCUGCUGUGCGGGGGCAGCUCGGGCAGUGCCAUGUCUGUGGCUGUGAAGGCAGCCAAGGAGCUGAAGGAGGGUCAGCGCUGUGUUGUCAUCUGCCCUGACUCCAUCAGGAACUACAUGUCCAAGUUCUUGAGUGACAAAUGGAUGAUUCAGAAAGGGUUCAUGAAAGAAGAAGACCUUGGCAACAAGCCCUGGUGGUGGAACAUCAGCAUUCAGGAGCUGAGCCUCUCUGCCCCCCUGACUGUGCUUCCAACUGUUACCUGUGCAAAGACUGUGGAAAUCCUCCGGGAGAAGGGAUUCGACCAGGUACCAGUUGUUGAUGAAUCUGGGGUGAUCCUGGGCAUGGUUACCCUGGGUAACAUGCUUUCCUCACUGCUUGCUGGAAAAGUUAAGCCUUCUGAUGAAGUCAGAAAAGUAAUCUACAAGCAAUUUCAACAGACAGAUAAUCCAGCAUCAUGGGGAAAUGUGAUUAACCUGAAAGACAACUUGGGGAAACUCUCUCACAUCCUGGAAAUAGACCACUUUGCUCUGGUGGUUCAUGAACAAAUUCAAUAUCACACGGAUGGCUCCUCCAGCAAGCGGCAGAUGGUGUUUGGCAUCGUGACAGCCAUCGACCUCCUGAACUUCGUCACCGCGCGCGAGCGGGAGAGGAAAUCCAACUAAAGCCAGCAGCAGCCUGGAGCCUCCUCAGCAUCCUGCAGCCUCAAACAAAGAAUCAGGGUCAUGACUUAAGUACAAUUCUUUUUUUCCCCCUUUUUUUUGGUGUUUUUUCUUUUUUCUGAAAAUCAGCAGUCAGCCAUCCUGCUGUCAGCUACCCAGCCAAUGUGUCUUGCUGCAUUGCCCAGCUUCUGUGACCUUGUUUCUUAAUCAGGCUAAGCAAUAUUUCUUAUCUCAAGACAAUUUAUUUUUUUACUUAUAUAUAUAUAUAUUUAUAUAUGUAUGUGUAAAAAAUAGUGCCUAAAUUAACUGGGGUUUUUUUCUUACUUGUUUUGUCUAAAGGCUGGCUUCCCAAAAUGUUGUUUCAGAAUCAUAAAAUGUGUUGAAAUAAAGAGUUACUGAAGCAGAGGCCCAAGAGAGCUCUGGAAAGUUCUGGAUUUUUUUUCCUCCCCCUAUUUAAGGAUGUUAAGUUAGAUAUUACCUGUGUGGAGACAAAAUUGGGACUGGAGCAUGGGGCGAAGAAAGGAGGGUUUCCCUUUUGGUGGCAUCAUUGUAAAACAAGAAAAAAUCCUCAGGGCUGAAGCUGAGACUUGCUCUGCUCUGAGGAAAAGCUGGUUUGAGUAGAAGCAUGGCAGUGAAGUGACAAACAUCAGCCAGUGACUCUGUUUCACACAGUGCACCAGCUUUCCCUGCCAUGACAGACCUGGUUUUUUCCCCAAUGGCAUCCUAAUAAGUAAGCACAAGUAAGGAAAGAUUUAAAAGGUAAGAUCAAGCAUCUUGCCUGAAGAUUUUUUAAAAUCAUGCUGUUUCAUCUGUUACCUUCCUCUUCCCUGCCUAUUUAUCUCAGAGUGCCUUUUUUGUGCCUGUUUCAGGAGAGCCAAAGAUAAUCUGUCAGGAGCUGUGAACUCUUCCAAGUCUUGUUCAGGUGCUCCUACCCCGUAGCGCCUGAUUCCAGGAGAAAGCCCUGCCCUGGCUACCCCUUCAGAUUGGGUCACUUGCCUUCAGCAAUAGCCCUAUCCUUACCCUAAACUGUGGUUUGCCAUUAAGUUCAUACACUUCUUUAAGAUUUAAGACAGUUUUUCCCAAGGCUCUGGGAAAAAAACUACUAUAAACCAAAAAAUUUACAACUUCAAUAGUAAUUGAAAGUUUCUAAAGGGUGAUAAAUUUCUUUCUGCCAUUGUAGAUGACACUGCUGCUAGAUUUUGGCAUUGCUUGGAAUAUUUACUUUACUGGCUUUUAUCUGAUUUUUUCCCCCAUUUUCCAUCUGACCUUUGCUGACAGCAGCAGGGAGGGAGGUGCUUAGCUCCCUAGGGAGGUGAGUAGCUGAGGUUUGUCCUUUUCCCUUGUCAAACCUGACCUAACUGAAUUCAGCAAGAAAUAUGAAAAUGAUAGAAGGAGGGUCCCAAAGCUGCUUUUCAGAGCAGCACAAGAGGGGAGUUAAAGGUGGGGCAGCGAAUGAGUUAGUUAUGUAGAAGUGUAAAGAUUUGAAUCUGUUUUUCUGCUUCACUGUUCAUAGAUUAAUCCCUUUAGUGCUAUGGAAACUGGCAGAAUUGUGGGCUGGGAAACAGGGGAUGGGAGUCUAAACCAUCCCAAGUAAGCCAAAGGAUCCAGAGAAAUUCACCUUCUCCCCUGGGGUUUGCUAAGAACAGGAACUGCCUCCUGCUCUGCCCUGGCACAGGGGGGAGAAGGCUUUUCUUAUUCCCCAUGGUGAGACCAGAGGAACUGGAUAAAUAAAUGAUGUUGCUGCACUACUGAAAAACUUUCCAGAGCUCUUUCCCAUGGUAGGGGUGAAGGCAGCAAAGGGAAGGGGACAGGGAAUCCAGCAGGGCUGAAGUUCCUGUGCAAAAGUUUGUGAAUGUGAUGCUUUUUUGCAUGUCUGAGAACCUCACUGCUGGCCUGGUGUUGGUUAGUUGUGGUAGGGCUGAUUAAAACUGGGCUUAGCUUUGUUUUAAAUACUCUGAAGACCAAGAAAGACACUGCAGUUUGUUCAGUCUUUUACCUGAAAUUGAAGGCCAGAGCCUGAACAGAACUGUAUUUUUUUUUUCCUGAAGUGAGUGCUGGCACCUUCUGUUUAUCUUUGCUGCUGUUACAAGCACUGACUAAACCUGAAAACUAUUUUGCACAUGGAUAUUUUUAUCAACAAUUUAUGCUGUAUUUGUUUGUCACUGUAAGAGAUUAUCAGUCCUAAUGUUGGCUCUGCAAAAAUACUUUUUAUUUUCUCACCUGAAGACAGCUGUUCAGUAAAAUCUGUACAAUAUUUUGCAAGCAGUUACCAGGCAAUGACUUAAGGUUCAUUUUCACAUUGUCUUGUCCAGUGUUAUUUCCCCAUUUCUUGUACAAGCUGUGGCUGACUCCAGAACUCUGGCUAGCAGGGGUUCCUCUGAGCAGCCAGACCAAUUUCAUCUGCCCGCCAAGCUCAUUUCUGAAAACUUCUGUUUGCUGUAAAUCUCACACAAGGCUCACUGUCAGAAGUUUCCUGACAUUGUCCCUGUCAUCCAACAGCUUUUCUUACUGUGCAGUGUCAACCAAGGGAAAGGGAAGACUCCUUAUGCUUCAAGGAGCUGGGAAAAAUCACCACUAUGAGCUGUAUUUAUUGCACAGAUGUUCACAAAUGUACCAUACAAAGAGUUCAAUAAAUGCUGUUUGGUUGCA